AUGGACACCGCAUCGCAUAUCUACGACAUCAUCAUCGUGGGCGCUGGUCCCGCCGGCCUCGCCGUCGCCGCCCGACUACACGAGCGCACCCCGUCCGCCCUGUUCACCGACAGCGAGCACCAGCGGUAUCACUGGAUGAAAGCAUCAUCCUCCUCUCUUCGGACAUCCAGGCCCGCUCGGAGCACUCGACGAGCCAGCACGAGACAGGAUCGGCUCCUGCGCGGCGACUCUAGCAUUGACGCAGGAGGCCUUGAUAUAGCGGUCUUGGAUGCGCAUGGGGACAAGUGGAUGAGCGCGUGGGAUGAGAAAUUCGAACAGUUGAAGAUUAGCCAUCUGAGAAGUCCAAUGUUCUUUCAUCCGGAUCCAAGGGAUAGGGAUGGCUUGCUAGGGUUCGUGUAUCAGGAGGGGAGGGAAAAGGAGUUGAGGGAGAUCCCAGGGGUUGUGGGAAAGGGGCUGAGUAAAUAUCAGAGGAAGAAGAGUAUCAAAAGUGGCAGAUACCCUCAAGAGACAUCAUACCUCGACGAACGAAACCGUCCGGAUUAUUACAGACCAAGCCAAUCCGUCUUCCAAGCCUAUUGCCAAGAUAUUGUAAAGCGCUACAACCUCUCCAACCUUGUCCAGAAAUCAGACGUCACAUCCAUUUCCCAUGAUUCCUUUUCCGGCAUCUUCACUCUCCAAACCUCCACCGGUGUCAAGAGAGCCCGGAUCGUCAUCCUCGCCGUUGGAGCCGCGCUCCCACCCACGCUGCCCCCCGACUGUCCCUUCUGUGGACUCGAGAAAGCCGGGAGCGUCACACACGCCUUCAGGAAACGGCCGUCAUCACCAACCCUCAACACGCUGCCCCCGCACGUACUCCGCAAGAUCCAAGCUGGCCGCCCAACCAACGUCGUCGUCGUGGGCGGCGGCCUCACCAGUGCCCAGGUCACAGCGACUCUGCUACAUCAAGGCGUCAGCAAAGUGCACCAGCUAGUGCGUGGCCCGCUGAAGGUGCGCCAUUUCGACCUUGACCUGCCGUGGGUGGGCAAGUAUCGCAAUUUCCACCUGGCCAGCUUCUGGGGCGCGGACUCGGACCACGAGAGGGCGGACAUGAUCCGGGAGGCUAGGGGCGGAGGCAGCAUCACGCCCGAAUACAAGAAGAUCCUCCACGAGCUGGUGAAGAGCCGGAGGCUGGAGCUGAGAGAAUAUACUACCAUCACGCGGGCGACUUGGGACGAGGCUGCCAUGUGCUGGGAGAUUGGCACGGAGCCGCAGCUGGAGAUGCCGCCGAUUGAUCAUGUGGUUUACGCUACCGGGGUCGUGGCUGAUUUUGAGACUGUCCCGGCGGUACAACCUUUGCUUGAGCAAUAUGGGAUUGAGACCGUGGGCGGCAUGCCGUGCUUGACGGACGAUUUGAUGUGGAAUGAUGAAGUACCCCUUUUUGUCACGGGGAGACUGGCCGGAUUGAGGCUCGGCCCCGCGGCUGGGAAUCUGGAAGGUGCGAGGCAAGGAGCAGAGCGUAUUGCGUGGAAGGUUGGGGAGUUGUUGAAGAAAUGGGACGGGGUAGACCAGAACUUAGAAGAUGGGUAUGGGAGAGAGGAGGAAGAAGAGGUGGACAGUCGAAGGUUGGGGCUGGGCUUGGAAAACCAGUUUGGGGUUCUAGGAUUGAGUGAGGUGGAAUGCUAG